AUGAUGCUCUCUGCCACCAUUCCCCUAGCCCUCAUCUCCCUUGCCUCAUUUGCCUCUGCAUGGCAUGACACGGCCUACGACAACACAAAGGACUGCGGCCCCGGAAAUCCGAACAAAUACCAGAUCUACUACGGGACCGACACGAAGACGUGCCACAACUUCGACAGCGGAGACAGUCACGUGAAAUUCCACCAGUACUGGAACGGAGGGGAAGACCACAAGGAAAGCUGUAAAAAUAAGCAGCUGAUUGCCGCAAGUGUGCGCGUCCGUCACUCGAAGGAGUGCCGGCUUUUUAAACACCGAGGCCGCAAGGGCGUGGCGGAGAAAGUGGAGGGAGAGGAUUGCUUCAAUGCGGCGAUCCAGUCCUUUGCUUGUAACACCCAGUGA